AUUUGCGCCCCCCGUAUUUAUCAUUCUCGCAGCGCAGCUAUUAGGGUUUUCAAAGUUAUCUGGAAGUUCAGAGCCCUCUCUCUCUCUCUCGCGUUCAUCGUCGGCGACUUACUCUGCCGUAACCACGCUUCCCGUCGGCGACCUCUUCGGCGCAAAUACAAUCAGCAAGGUUAUUGCGACUUGAUUUGAUUUUUAGAUUGUGUCCAGAAGAUGGCGUCAAGGUUUUGGACUCAGGGUGACAGCGACACCGAGGAAGAAGAGAGUGAUUAUGACGAGGAGGUUAGUGCUGGUGGAGCAGGAGAGUCUGCCGCUGCAACUGCCAGAAGCAGAUAUCUUAAUGACAGUGGCAGUGACAACGAUGAUUCGGAUGGUCAGAAGCGUGUUGUCCGGUCUGCUAAAGACAAGCGCUUUGAGGAGAUGUCUGCCACUGUUGAUCAGAUGAAGAAUGCCAUGAAAAUUAAUGACUGGGUUAGCUUGCAAGAGAGCUUUGACAAGAUUAAUAAACAGCUCGAGAAGGUCAUGCGGGUUACAGAGUCUGAAAAGGUCCCAAACCUUUACAUAAAAGCUCUUGUAAUGUUGGAGGACUUCUUGAACCAGGCUUUGGCCAAUAAGGAGGCGAAGAAAAAGAUGAGCAGUAGUAACGCUAAGGCCCUGAAUUCAAUGAAACAAAAACUGAAGAAGAACAAUAAGCAGUAUGAAGAGUUGAUUAAUAAGUGCAGGGAAAAUCCCGAGAGCGAAGAUGAAGGGGAAGGUGGCGAAGAAACUGAAGAGGAGGAUGAUGAGGAGUCGGAGUUUGAGGAGGACCCAUCAAAGAUUGCCAUGGGAUCAGAUUCAGGGGAUGAAGAUGAAGAUGAAGAUGAAGAGGGCAGGCAUGCUGCAACUGAGGGUGGGGUCUGGGAAAAGAUGAUGAGCAGGAAAGAUAAGAUAAUGGAUAAGCAGUUCAUGAAGGACCCUAGUGAAAUCACAUGGGAUAUAGUCAACAAAAAGUUCAAAGAGAUUGUGGCUGCUCGUGGUAGGAAGGGAACUGGACGGGUUGAACUGGUGGAGCAACUUACCUUUCUGACCAGGGUGGCCAAGACCCCUGCUCAGAAACUUGAGAUACUGUUCAGUGUUAUUUCUGCACAAUUUGAUGUUAACCCAAGUCUCAGUGGGCACAUGCCAAUAAAUGUAUGGAAGAAGUGUGUGCAGAAUAUGUUUGUGAUACUUGAUAUUCUUGUCCAAUACCCUAACAUUGUAGUUGAUGAUGUGGUAGAACCAGAAGAGGAUGAAACUAGGAAAGGAACAGACUUUAAGGGUACAAUCCAUGUUUGGGGGAACUUGGUAGCCUUUCUGGAGAGAAUAGAUGUCGAGUUCUUUAAAAGCUUGCAGUGCAUUGAUCCUCAUACCCGUGAAUAUGUUGAUAGGCUAAGGGAUGAGCCCAUAUUCUUGGUUCUUGCACAGAAUGUCCAGGAAUAUUUUGAGAGGGUUGGUGAUUACAAGGCUGCUGCAAAGGUUGCACUAAAGAGGGUGGAACUCAUCUAUUAUAAGCCCCAAGAGGUGUAUGAUGCAAUGAGGAAGUUGGCCGAGCAGACAGAAUCUUUAGAGAACGGAGAAGCAGAGCCAGGAGCUGAACCCAAAGUUGAAGAAAGUAGGGGCCCUCCUGCUUUUGUUGUCACUCCUGAACUUGUGCCUCGCAAACCUAUGUUUCCUGAAAGCAGCCGUGCAUUGAUGGAUAUCCUUGUUUCUCUGAUUUACAAGUAUGGGGAUGAGCGAACCAAGGCCCGUGCAAUGCUCUGUGACAUAUACCAUCAUGCUAUACUAGAUGAAUUUUCAAUCUCGCGGGACUUGUUGUUGAUGAGUCACUUGCAGGAUAGCAUUCAGCACAUGGACAUUUCCACUCAGAUACUUUUUAACAGGGCUAUGGCUCAACUGGGAUUGUGCGCAUUUAGAGCAGGACUAAUUGUUGAGGCACAUGGCUGUCUCUCUGAACUGUAUUCAGCUGGCAGGGUGAAGGAGUUACUUGCGCAAGGUGUCUCUCAAAGCCGAUAUCAUGAAAAGACUCCCGAACAGGAGCGUUUGGAAAGGAGACGGCAGAUGCCGUACCACAUGCACAUAAAUCUUGAGCUUCUGGAGGCUGUCCAUCUAAUAUGUGCCAUGCUGUUGGAGGUCCCUAACAUGGCAGCCAAUAGCCAUGAUGCCAAGCGCAAGGUUAUAAGUAAGACCUUCCGUCGGUUGCUUGAGGUCAGUGAGAGGCAGACAUUCACUGGCCCACCUGAAAAUGUCAGAGACCAUGUAAUUGCAGCCACUAGAUCCCUUACCAAGGGAGAUUUCCAGAAGGCGUUUGAUAUCAUCAAGUCCCUUGAUGCCUGGAAGCUCCUCAGAAACCGGGAUAAUGUUCUUGAGAUGCUUAGGUCCAGGAUUAAGGAAGAGGCUCUGAGAACUUACCUCUUUACCUAUUCGUCGGCAUACAAUUCUCUGAGCUUGGAUCAAAUUUCAAAGAUGUUUGAGCUUUCAGAUGCCCAGACCCAUAGCAUUGUUAGCAAAAUGAUGAUCAAUGAGGAGCUUCAUGCGAGCUGGGACCAGCCAACCCGGUGCACGGUUAUCCAUGAUGUUGAACACACAAGGUUGCAGGCUUUGGCAUUCCAUCUGACGGAGAAGCUGUCCAUCCUGGCAGAGAGUAACGAGAGAGCAAUGGAAGCGAGGCUGGGUGGUGGUGGACUGGACGGUCUGCCUUCAAGGAGGAGGGAUGGCCAGGAUUAUGCUUCUGCGGCAGCUGGUGGUGUUGGUAACAGGUGGCAGGACAACGUAUCCUUCUCGCAGGGAAGGCAAGGCGGUAGCGGCGGGCAAUCUGGGAGGCCAAUGACUUCAGGACAGUCAAGGGACCGGAUGCAGUCACGAGGAACGGGUGGAUACUCUAUGGGCUAUCAGAGCACGCGUUAUCAAGAUGCUGCCUAUGGAGGACCGGGGAGAACAUAUCAAAGUAGCUCGGCAAGGGGGUCCCAGAAUGUUCCAACCCGUAUGGUUAAUCUGAACAAGGGUGUACGUGCCUAGGAAGAGAGACAGACACAAGAAGUACCAUAGGCCUUAUUUAUUCGGACUGAUCCAAGAUUUUUGACUACUGUUGCAAACCAGAGAUUUCUUUCUUUAUUAUUGUAUUAUCGGUGAAAGAGAGUUUUAUCUAUCUCUACUUUGUAGUCCUUAAAUAGUAUUUUGGUGCUGUUCGUUUAUCUUGUUUUCCUACAACCAGAUAUGCAUAUUCUCUUUAGAAAUUGAGACCCUGGUUGGUUGCUACUUUUGCUGCUUCAAGGUUGGAUGCUAUAAAAGUGCAUUGGCAGUUUUGGAAUC